AUGAAUUUUAAUGAAAAUCAUGGAAGAAAAAUUACUGAAAAAAUUCCAGAUGUUGAUGGAACACCUACUAUUAUAAAAUUUAAAUUUACUGAUAAAAUUACUGGAAAAACUUUUACUUUUCAUAAUCUUGCAACAGGAUAUAUUCCAAAAUUUCUAAACAACCAAAUUGAUAAAAGAAGACAAAAAAAACCUAACAAGUUAAUUCGUAAUAAAUUAAUUAAAUGGUAUAUAGAUGAAUGCGUUGAAGAGGCUCAAAUUAAAAAAAUAUUUUCAACAUCUACUUCAACAGAUGCUGCUUAUGCUAUUGUUUGGUACAAUUGUGUAAAAAAAUUUCCUUUUAAUAACAUUGAGAAUGAUCAAAAAUUUUAUCACAUGUACAGUAUAUCAAAACCAGAUUAUUUUUUAUCAGAACAAGCAUCUAGUUUAGUAUCUUGUUGUAGUAAUGUUACUUUUGAAAGCAAUUUAACGUCCACAAAAUUGUCUAAGUUUACAAAUGAAAUUAUUAAAGAAUGCCAAAUAUGGAUUGGGUCUGCCGAGAGACUAGCUAUUAUUGAAAGCAAAAAAGGUAUUUACACUUCAUUUAUCAAAGAAUGGUCAAAUAAAGUUAAUGCUUGUAGGAGUGAUGUAUCCAUGGAGAAAAAAAAGUUUUGUUUAAUUAAAACUUCAAGCUACACUAGAAAAUUAAUAAGAGACUUUGUAGAAAAAAGAAAGUGUUUAAUAUUUGAGUGGAAUGCAAUUUUAAAUACUGCAAAAAAUCAAUUUCAAACAGCAUCCGAAAUUAAAAUAUUGAUUUUUGAAACUAUUGUUAAAUUCAAAAAAGCUUUAGAAGAGGAACUUUAUUGUUCAAUAGAUAAUGUAAAUAGUCGACUUGCUGAAAUUGGGUUAGAACAUGAAAUGACACGCAUUGUCUAUCAUACAAUAAUAAAAUAUCUUGAAAAUUUACGAAGUAGUGAUGGAAUUAUAUAUGUCGAAUGUUUAGUAAACAAUAACCAACUUUAUCUUCAAAACGAUAAAAUAAAAGAAGAUUUAAAAGCCCCAAUAAAGGAAUUAUGUUAUUUGAAUCACGUUAAAAUAUCAAUUGAAGAUAUUGAUGAGUGGGAAUUUUUGUGUGAAAAUAUUGUUGAUAUUUAUGCAGAUGUUGAAAAAAUAUUACAUUCUUCUUCAUUAAAUGACUAUUCAGAAUUAGUUUUAUAUGAUAAUUCUGAUAAAGAAAUUGAAAGUGAUAGAAAGAUAGAAGCUUAUGUUUAUUAUUCCAAGCUAAAACAAAAAUUAUGUUUUAAUGAACGAUUUGUAAAAUCGGGACCUUUUUAUAUAAAUAUGGAAAAAGUUGUCUCCAUGAUUCAGGAAAAAAUUGAUAGUAAGUUAAAACUAUACUAUGAUGAAAUGAUUAACGAUUUUCGCAAUAAUUCAAUGAAUUUUUAUGAGAAAAUUUUUUCAAUUUAUAAAUGUCUUUCAUUAAGAAGCGUCAAACCAGAGAUUAUGUUAAAAAAUAGAUAUGAAGUUAAGAAAAUGCGUUGUGGUGUAAUUAAUGAUACAAUUUCCCAAUUAUCUAGAUUAAUUGAAAAUAUGCAUAAUAUUUUAGAACUGCUUGGUUUUGAUGGUUUUGAAGAAGUUAGAAUGAUUGAAAUUAUAUCCUUGUAUCUCCAAUUAGAAGGAAAGUUUCGUGAACAUGAAAUGUUCAUUCAACGAAGAAUUAAUAUAUUUCAUCAAUUUGUUAAAAAUCAACAAUUAAUAAUUAAAAACAAUGCUUACACUAUAGUAGAAAAACUAAAAAUUUUUAAUACAUUUUCAGUUCCAGGAGAAGUAGAAGAAUAUAUUAAAAACUUAAAAGAAUUGCGGCCAGUCUUAGAAAAAUUGUUAGAUAAUAUAAAAACUUUAAACAUUUAUGAAAAAGCAGUAGAUUUUACGGAGAGUAAAUUUUAUCAAUGUGAGGCAUUAAAUGAACAUAUGAAUAAUCUUGAAAAACUUUAUAAACUAACAAUCGAUUUUCAAGAAUAUCAAAAUGAUUAUCAUAGUCGUUUAAGAUAUAAUGCUAAUGUUCAGGAAGCAAAAAUUAAAGCAGAAUAUUUUUUGGAACAGUUAAAUGAUUUAUCUUCAGAUUUAGAAGGAUACCGUGCUUCACGACAUUUUUGCAUUCAAUUACAAUUAGAUAUUGAAAAAUUCAAACAUACUUUUCCAAUAAUUGAAAUACUUUCAAGUAAUCGUUUCCAAGAACGUCAUUGGAUUAAAAUAUCAGAUAUCAUUAAUAUAGAUUUUUCUCAAUAUAUCAAUGCAACAGUCAAAGAAAUUUGUAAUCUAAAUCUUUAUAAUUUUGUUCAAUUUUUGAAACCAAUAAGUUUUGUUGCUGAACGUGAAGGAAUUGUAAAUGAUCAACUUGUUAAAUUAAAUAAUUUUUGGUCAACACAAACUAUUUCUCUUGAAAUGAAUAGUUUUUGGAAAUUGAGUUUACCUUCUAAUUUAAAUUUUAUAAUAUCAACAGUUACUAAGGAUAUUUCAAUUUUGGAAUCAUUUAUAAAAAAUGAAAAACUUGAUUCAGAUUUAAAUUCACCAUUCAAUAUAGAAACUAAAUUAUGGUUCAAACAAUUAUCAGAUGUUUUAGAUAUUGCAACUAAAUGGAGGUUAUGUCUAACCAGGUGGAAAACACUUGCUCCAGUUAUUAAACAUAAUGUUAAAGUGUUGCAUAAAGAAUUUCAUGAAUUUAGAAUAUGUGCAAAAUAUUUUAAACUUCUUGAAAAGCUUGUAAAAGAAGAUCCUUUAGUAUUAAAAUUUAAAGAUGGCAAACAUGUUAAAUGUUGGAUUGAUUUAGCACAAAAACAUUUAUUUGAAUUAAUGGUAAGAUUCAAGAAAUUUUUAGAGGAGAUAAGAAAAUCUUCCAUAAGAUUAAGUUUGAUAUCUGUUAUGGAUUUACUUACAUUAUUGCAAGAUGAACCAAUUGAAGGAUUUUUGGAAAGAGUUAGAAAAUUAUGUUUUUAUAAUACAAAAGAAAUUAAACUUGUAUCAAAUGGUAAAUAUUUAUUAGUUAAAAGUUUAGAUGAUCAAGAAAUACUUAUUAAUCGUGAUGAAGUUAAACUUGAUGAAAAUAAUACAAAUUUACCUUUAGUUGAAAAAAUACUUAAACUUGAACAGGCAAUUAAUAACAAAAUUUGUGAAUUAGCUUACAACUUUUCAAAUAAAACUGAUAGUCGGAGUAUUAUGUCAAAUAUGGAGGAGGAAAGAUACAUUCCAAGAUUAUCAAAAAUUUUAUAUUAUCGUUAUAGUAAAAAAAGUAGUAGUGAAUCAUCAUUUAAUUAUCUAUUAACAGAUCGUAAUCAUUUUAAAUUGUUAAGUAAAGGUGAUAGAAAAGAAAUUUCAGCAAUAAUUAAUUUUAUUCCUACUCUUAACUAUGAAAAAAAACAUUUGAAUAUUUCUUUAAAUUUUGCUUCUAAUUGGAGUCAAGGUAAAGUACCUAUAAUAAGAGGUAAUUGUUAUAGUGGAAGACUGUUUGCUGAACAGUUACAGUUUCUAACUUUCUCUGAAUUACAUUUUGUAAAUUGUCAUAAGUUUAUAACAGAAGAUGCAAUUAAUCAUAUGUUAGGAGCUCUUAAACAACAUUCAAUUCUUUUAAUUUUAGAAAAUUAUGAACAAUUAAUGCCUAAUGUUCGUUCAUUACUUUUUAGUAGAAUUAAUAAACUUCUUUCUAAUGAACCUUGUCCUAAUCUUAUUCUUAUAUCUUUAUAUCCAACAAAAGAAGAGAGUUUUAUUCAAAAUCAUUGUUUUGUUGAAUUAACAAAUAUUGGAGAUCAAUUACAUGGUAAUCGUGAAAACACUAAUUCUACUUCUUUAAAAACAAGAAAUAGUUCUUCUCAAUUAAAUUCAAAUGCAGAAAUAUCUAUUUCACAAGAUGUUAUCCAAACACCUACAUCUGCUAGAAGAUUAUCAUCAUUUAGUAUAACAAAUGUACCAAGAUAUUCUAUAACUUCAAUUAAAUCUCCAAAAUCUGUUGCUGAGAGUCUUUCAAGUUUUCUUAAACCAUCAAAUUCAGAAACUACAAAAUUUUUAGGAAUGAGAUUAAGUAAUUCUUCUAAAAUUUUACAACGUAGACGUAGUACAAGUUCAGCAAGUCAUACUUCUAAUGAUUCUAAAAUAUCAUCUUUUCAAGAUAUCAAUUCACAAUUAGUAGAUGGUACUUUGAUUGGUAAAGAAAAUUGUAUUGCUUUUAUUGGUCAAGGAUCUAAAUCAACAUUAAAAGAAAUGAUGAAAAAUGAAGAUUAUUUAUGUAAAUGGAUUUAUUUUGAUGCAAUGUCUCCUUAUCAACUUUUACAUUCAUGUUCUGAAUUUGGUGAACCAGCUGAGGGUUAUUUACUAAAAACAAUAAAUUCUAUUCAAAAUUCAUCUUUAACAAAAAAUAAAUUUUUAAUUUUUUGUGGAAGUAGAAAUUUUACUGAAAAUUUUCCUUUUUUUAGUUCUCUUUUUACAAAAAAUAUAACUUUACAUAAUGAAAAAGAGAGAAAUACUAUAUCAGAAGGUUCACUUGAAGAUAUAUCUAUUUCUUCAAAUAAUAAUGAAAUUAAAAAUUAUAUCAUUCCCGGUCCAUAUUUAACAUUACCUGAUGGCUCAAAUUAUCUUAUAUCAAACAACUUAAAAAUAUUUCUUUGUUUACCAGGAACCAGUGAUAUAAAUAAAAGUGAUAUUGAUUGGGUUAAAAGAUGUGGUGUACAAACAAUAUCAUUACAAGGAUUAACUUAUCAAACAUUAUCUGAUUCAUGGAUUGAAUAUGUAUCAAAGAUUAAUGAAUUUAUCAAUUUUCCUGAACAUAUGGAGAUUAUUGCUUCAACAUUUGAAUUUAUCAUUCAACCAAUAUGGAAUUUUGUUAAUCCUCCUCACUAUGUUUGUCCUUCUUUACUUAUGGAAUAUAUUAUAAAAGAUUUAAUUGAAAAUAUUAAAAGUAUUACAUCAUCAAAUUAUGGUGAAGUUUUACGGUGGACAAUAACAUCAGUUGGUGUAAAUUUUAUAAUAAUUUAUUAUUCAUCUGAUAAUGAUAUUGAAUUAUUUAACAAACAAAUGACUAUUUAUGGAGAUGAAGCUGAAAAUAAUUUUAUGAUUGGUGUACCAUUACCAAAUAAUAUUAGUGAUUUUAAAUUAAGUCAAUUAGAAUUUUGUAAAUGGAUUGAAUGGAAAAAUGAAAUUACCUUUAAAAGUAUACUAGAUAAAGAAUUAAGUUUAUCAGAAAUUAUAAUAACAUAUCCACAUUUUGAUCGUCUUUUAACAUAUGCUUUAAGAGCAUUCAAGUCAAUGAAUAAACAUUUAUUAAUACAUGGACCAAAAGGAUGUGGUAAAACAACUUUUGUUAAAAGAUUUAUUAAAUAUUUUGAAGAAGAUUCAAUUAAAUAUAAUAUAAUAUGGUUAAAUACAACUGAUCGUUUAAACUUAACAAAAGUUCAAUCUAAAUUUUAUGGUGUUAUUGAUGAAAUGGAAAAAAAUUUUGAUAGUCAUGAAACAAUAUUUAUUAUAGAUAAUUUUACAUUUGAAGAAUAUAUUAUUUCAUUAGUAGAAUUAUUUUUAGAUCAACAUACAACUGUUUUGGUAAAUGGAUCAACUAAAAAGUGUCAUAUUGCAGAAAAAGUUAAAUUUAUUAUUAUAUUACAAAAUAAAAAUGAUAUAUCUACCAUCAAGAAAUAUGAUAUAAUUUACGAAUUAUUUUAUAUUAUACCUUUAUAUUUUUUAAGAGAAAAGGAAAUUGAACAGAUUGUAGAGGAGGUAUUUGAUUGGCAUCUUAAUAUACGAUCUUUUUCCUCAGAAUACCAAUCUUUGGUUUGUUCAUUAACAAAAACUUUUACUGAAAUUUUACCAACAAAAAAAUAUAUGUUAUCUAUGGCAAUAAAAAUUCUUAAAGGUACUAUGUUUUCUUGGCCUGAAACAACACCUGAUUUUGAUUCAUUUUGUCGUUUAUGGGUACAUGAAACUCUUCGUGUUUGUUAUGAUAAACUUAAUAAUCAAAAAGAUAAAGAUAAUUUAUUAUUAAAAAUUGAAAAAUCAUUAAAAAAACAUUGUCAAAGUUCUUUUGAAAUUUUAUUUAAAAAAGAAGAUGAAAUUGAAGAUAUUAGUAUGGAUGAAUUUACAGGAUUAAAAGAUGAUGAACAUGUACCAUUUUUGACAACAUAUCAAGAAAAAAAUGAAAAUUUAAAAGUAUCAAAAAAUUUUAGAGUUAGUGAAUUAUUAUUUACAGAAGUUUGUAAUGGAAUUGAUGUAAUUGAGGGAAUACCUUAUGGUCUUCUUUAUAAUUUAGGAGAUUUUACCAGUCAUAUGAGUAAUUUAGUUUAUGAAUUAUAUCGAUCAAAUGAUAUUAAAAAACCUAUGAAUUUAAUUAUUACUGAUUACAUAGCAAAUCAAUGUCAAAGAAUAAUGAGAAUUUGUAGAAUGUCUAAUGAACAUAUGGCUUUUGUUGGAGAAAGAGGAUCUGGAAGAAGAAAUUGUGUCAAAUUAGCUAAUAUUGCUUUAGUUGGACAUAUUGAACAUGUUUAUUUAUCAACAUUAUCAAUUGAAGCAUUUGAAGAAUCAUGGAGAAUUUGUAUAACAAAAUGUAUUGAAAGUAUAGCAUCAACAAAUGUUAUCAUUACAUUAUUAUUUUAUUUUGAUGACGAUGAUAUACCAAAUAUAUCAUAUCAUUCUUUUUUAAUGUUAAAACAAUGGUUUGAAACAUAUGAUAUUAUGGAAUUUAUUACUGAUGAUAUACUUUUAAAACUAGGAGAAAAAAUUAUAGAAUCAGAAAAAGGUCUUGCAACACAAGAACAAGCAAAUAAUAUAAGAUUACCAGGUCAAAGAAAAUGUAAUUUUUUACCAGUAGAAGCUAUAAAAGAUACUAAAACAUUAAAAUAUAUAUUGUCACAAAGAUUUUCAGACUUUGUUCAUGCUAUAUUUUUAAUACCACCAGGCAGUGAAAGAUAUUUUAAAUGGUGUACUAUAAAUCAUUUUUCUUAUUUAAAACCAAAAGAUAUUAAUGUUAUCAUUGAAAAACAAUUACAAGAUCUAAUAGAAAAACCAAAUGAAGAGGAAUUAAAUACUUUAGUUAACGUUAUAUUUAAAAUAUGUUUUAAUACUGAAGAAUUAGUUAAUAAUAUUCAUAUGACAUCAUUGAAAAAAAUUUUUAAUAUACCAACAAGAUCAAAUUUUCAAGUAGCAUCAAAUUUUGUUCAAAUAUUUAAUAAAAAAUAUACAAAAUUAUAUACAAAAUAUAAAGAAUUUUGUAUUGCUAUAUCAACAUUAAAUAUGAUAAAUGAACUUUCACAAAUUGGUGGAAAUAUUGAUAAUAAUGAUUUGGCAAAAGAUUUAGAUAAUGAAGAGUUAUCUUAUUUAAUGUUAUCUAAAGAAAGAAAUAAAAAAAGAGUAGAGUAUGAUGAAAUUAAAAAAAAUUUAGAAAAUAUUGAAAAUGAUAAAAAUUUAUCAUUAAAGGAAACUUUUAGUCAUCAAAAAAUUUUAAAAGAAAAAAUUGAAAAACCAUUAAUUCAAGUAGAUAAUAUCAAAAAAAAUUUACUAUCAAUUGACUAUGAAGAAUUUAGAAAAUUAAGUUUUAUCAAAAAACCAUCUGCUAUAAUACGUGAUGUAGUUGAUGGUGUAAGAAUAUUACUACAACCAUCUUACAAACCAACCAAAAAUACUAUUCAAAAUUGGAACUCAUGUCAACCAUUUUUAAGAAGUAAAAGUUUGAUUGACAAAUUAUGUAAUUUUAACACAGCUGUCGUUGAUGAUAAAUUACUUGGGAGUUUAAAAAGAUACACUAAAUUCAAUAUUUAUCGUGUUAAUCAAAUAGUUGAUGAGAGUAAGUUAGCAUUUUAUCUUUGUAAAUGGUUAUUGGCUACUAUUACACUAAUUGAAACAGAAAGAAAUUUAGUUGACAAUAAAAAAAUUAUCCUUCAAAUGGAUGAAAAAAUAAAAACAUUAGAUGAUAAAAUAAUUUAUUACCAAAAAAAGAAAGAAACUAUAUUUAAAAAAUUACAAUAUCUUGAAAAUGAGACUAAAGCAUGUGAGUAUGAGGUAUCAAGAUUGAGAAAACAACUUGAUUAUCGUGUUAGAGGUUCAAAAAUCAUUAAUAAUGUUUAUUUUUUAAUAAAUAAUUGGAAAGAAAAAUUAUCUUUAGUCUCAGAUAUGUUAAAAAAUCUUAAAGGAAAUUCUAUUCUUUAUUCCUCUUUUCGUGUAUUAACAUCAUUUCUUGGAAGUGAUAUCAAGUUACGUGCAUUAAAUAUAUGGAAAAGUAUACUUAGAGAUCAUGGUAUAUCUUUUAAUGAAACUUCUACAGAUAUUGAUUAUUUUUUAAAAGAAGCUUUCAUUGAUACCUCCUGGAAGAUGGAAUGGCCAUUAAUUUGCCCAGAAACAUCUAAAAAAGAUAAUUUAUUUAUAAUAAAACAAACAGAUUUAUUAAAAAGUAAAAUUUUAAAAUUUUAUCCUCAAUCAGUAGUAAUUGAUUUUUUAUUACUUAAUCAAAAUAAUAACAAUAAUAGUAAUGAUUAUGUUAAUGAUAAAAAAAUAUAUAACAAUGAUGAUUGUAAAAUACAACUAGAUAAUGGUAAUAAAAAAAUACAACAAACUGAUAUAAGUAAUAAAAUUGAGUUAGAGAAAUUAUGGAUGAAUAAGUCACUUCUUAUGAAUACAUUAAAAGCAUUACGUAAUGGAAAUGAAUUAAUUUUUGUGAAUAUUCCAUGUAUACCCCCAAUAUAUUGGAUGCAUCUAAUUGAAAGAGAAAUUGAUGUUUCUAUUCCACAGGAUGAUCUUAAAAAGAAUGAAGAGGAUGGAAAAAAUAAUUUUAACCCAUCAAUUGAAAUUAUUUUACAAUUCAAUGGGAAUAAAAUAUUAGUUAACAAAAAUUUUAAAUUAUUUAUGAUUUCUGAAAAAGAUAUUAGUUCUAUUGAAUUGUCAUUUUUAAGAAAAGUAUGGCCAUUAACAUUAAAUGAAGGUAUGGAUUUACAACAAAGUUCUAGUUAUAUAUUAGAUGAGGAAGUUGUUGAAAAUUUGUCCUCUGAAAGUGAGACUUUUCUUUUAAGGAAAAUGACUGAUUAUAGUGCUAAUGAUAUUCUUGAAUCUCAAGAUUUAACUGAUCAAAUAAUUCACCAUGGACGUACAUUUACUUUCUCACAACAUAGUAGAACAUUUUAA